CAAAGAUUUUCGUAUUUGUAUAUACCUAACAAUUUUAAAUAAAUAUACUAUAGUAUUUUGUAAUAAUAAAAUUACGAGGAAUAACUAACAAACAUAAUGACGGCUCGAGGUGGUGGAAAAAAAGAAUUGGACCCGGAAGAAUUGAUGAAAAGGAAAUUUCGCGCAAAAUGUUUAUUUCGCGCCCUCGGUCGGUUGGUAAUGGCUAAUGCACAUUGGAUGAUAGAAGCUGUUGAUCAUUACGAAGGCCUGGAUAAUGUGAAGCGUAGAGUGGAACAAGCUGUUCGUGGAAAAGCUAGAAAGAAACAAUUAUUAGGCGUUCAAGAUAAAGCUCUCUUGAACAAGAAAGCGGAAGAACGCACUGACCAAGAGAAAAAGUAUAUAUUUCGUAUUAUAGGAGGCUUAAAAUGCUUUAAACGCUAUCCUAAUAAUGUUAAAAAAAAGUUGGCAGCUGUAACGUAUUUUAAGUACUAUGGGCCCGGGCGCGUGAUAGUUCGACAGCAUCAGGAAGCGCACGCUCUCUACUUCGUGGUGACUGGUGAAGUCGUCGUCAGCCAGAUGAUAUACGACGAGCUGCUGCAGCAGUAUGUGUCCGUUGACAUCGGCACCAUGCAUUCGGGAGAUAUGUUUGGCGAAGUGUCACUGCUUCACAACAUACCGAGAACCGCCACUUGUACGACAGCAGGCCAUUGCGAAUUGCUUGUCUUGAUGAAGGAAGACUUUAAGAAUGUGCUUCAGGCAUCUGUGCAAAAACAGUGGGACGAAGUUAAGCGUGCAAUGUCUGCCUUCACGUACUUCGACGCUCUGGACGAGGUAGCUCGUCGUGAAGGUUGUAUAGUUGCAAAGAUGAAAUCUUAUCUGCCAAAUGAAACACUUCUUGGUGACGGCGUGGGCGUGCACAAUUUCGUUUAUUUCAUUCUAUCGGGUCGAUGUCAAAUGAUUGAAUCGCUUCAAGUAAUUGUAUCAACUCGCCUCGGACACAAGUACUAUUCUCUAUACGACCCAUAUGUACCCAAGGAAGAAAGUGAACAGGACUUUGAUACUAAAUAUUUUGGUGCCUAUAAGGAUUUAAUUAAAGACAGUAAAAGUUCUCAAGUCCGCGAUUCUAUGGAUAGUUCAGCCGUUAAAGCAGAAAGUUCUAAGAGGGAUUCGUCAAGAGGGGGCAGUAUUCUAAAGAGUUCCGUGCAACGUAACAUGUCAGUUGACUCAAAGUGUACCAAUGUUACGAUUGUUACAAAAGAAGAUGGGAGACCGAGUAAAGAGAGUGGUCGCGGUGAUGUGUUUGAAGGUGGAAUAGAGUUACUGGAACCCACCGGAGCCCCCGAGUUAAGAACCUCUGUCAGGUUAAGCUUAUUAGCCGAAACCACAAAGCCACCAAGAAAUAUUAAAACUUAUUUUAUGCAGGUGUGUCAAUUCAAUCCGGGUUCAAGCUUCGGUUUUGGGGAAAAUAUGCGCGACCGACGAAUCGUUGCGCUCACCCACGUGGACUGUAUGCUGCUUCCCAUGAUAUGGUUACUGCAACGAAACACGGCGAACAUAUGGACACGAAUCCAACAUUAUCUUGAGAAAAAGGUAGAAUUACUAUACCAACGAAGAAGCAGCUGUUCAAAGAGUUUGUAUCGUCGAGACGCUGGCAGGAGUUUCGUGAAGAAUUAGUUGAUGAUGUAGUGUCGCGAUCUAACACUGUGAACUGGACGUCGGUACAUGAUGUGCCCUAUUCGAUCCGCAUGGAAGAAAUGGUUGAUAUUGCUUAGAAUUUUAUCGUUGUUGAACUUAGAAAAUAUAAUUUAUUAAAUGUACUAAUU